GCAACGUACACACAACUCACCCCCCCACAGUGUAUCGAUUCGAGAAAAGCGUGAAAAUGGCGCUCGACUUCGCUGCCACAUACAAAAUCCUCGUUUUGGGUGAUUCCAAUGUCGGAAAAACGUGUAUCGUCCAUAGAUUCUGCGACGAGAGAUAUUACGACACUUAUAUUUCCACUAUUGGAAUUGAUUUUAAACAAAAAAUUAUCAACUUAGAUGGUGUCCCGAUUAAACUUCAAAUUUGGGACACCGCUGGACAGGAGAGAUUUAGGACUCUUACUACUGCCUAUUAUAGAGGUGCUAUGGGGAUUUUACUCAUGUAUGAUGUCACGAAUUUGGAGAGUUUUAACCAUUUGACUUAUUGGAUCCAGAACAUCGAAGAAAAUGCGUCUCCCCAUUGUAUCACAGUUAUAGCGGGCAACAAAAGCGACUCAAAAGACAGAAUUGUCGAAACUGAAAAUGGACAAAAGAUUGCUGAGCAUUUCGACUUACCAUUCUUCGAGGUCUCCUGCAAAGAUAACGUAAACAUAGAGGCCUGUUUUAAGUGUAUAGCUAGAAAAAUUAGGGAAAAAAGAGAACAAAAAGGUUAUCCAUUUUUGGAUCAUCCACCCUCCGAGGACAAUCCGGACCUCCUAAAGCCCAAGGGCGAGCUUCAACUGAAAGGUUGUUCGGCCUCCACCUGUUGAACGUAUUUUCGUUUACAUAUAUAGGGUGUUUUAAAAGACUGCCACUAUUUUUGCUUCUAACGAACGUUUACUAAGGGUAAAACUAUUUUUUUCAAAUUUCAAAAAAGUAUAAAAAAGUAUUCUUUAUGCUUUUUUGUUUUAAAGCGAACCCUUAGAAGCUCAAAAUUAACCAAAUUGUAUUGAAAAAUCACUGUGAUUUUCCGUUUGUUUUAGAUAGCGUCUUUCCUUUAACGUUGCUAACUUUUAAAUGUACAGGGUGUUGAAAAAAAAAGUUUAGGAUGUAAGGUGGGUUUUAUAAUAAUUUCCGUUUGUGUUCAUAUGCGCACAACCGUUGAUUUAUUUCAGUUUGUAAGACUGAUGUACGGUGGGAUAGAAAAUUGUCACUGAAAAGCACACGAAACUCCGUAACUAAAUCACUUUAUAGGUAAUUUACAGGAAAAUAUAAUAUAUAGAAUGGUAGAUUAUAGGUUUAUCACGAAAAAUCACAUACAUGAUUGUCUGCUAAAUUUAAUUUCACUGCGCUACUCUUUGGGGUCCCAUAUAAGAGUUUUUAUUUAUAAAGAUCACAUACAGGGUGUCAUAAAAUAAUUUUAGAUAUACAAAUACAAACAUUAAUAAAUAAAGAUACAUAUGUAUACAUGGAAACUAACAAUAAUUCUUGUGAAAAUAUUCUGUUUACUGGGGGACCAUUAUAAAUAAUUAAAAUACUAAAAAUUUUCAUCGAUUUUGUUGGUUAUAAUGAAAAGUCGACGUCGUAACGUGAUAUUUGAUAAGUUGUUGU